AUGGAUUUCUCACUGAGAAAAUCCUUCAAAUCUCUCGCCUCCAGUAACCACUUGCGAAACGAAACACUAGACAGCAACGAGAAACUCCCCAUUCUAUUAGAUCACCACAACCAAUUACACCAAGCUAUGAGCACCUCCGCCGACCGCCGCGAGGUGAUUGUUAAGAUCGACCAAGGCAACUCCGGUAAGGAGGCGAACACGGCCAAGCGCAGCGGCCUGGUUUGGCGGGAGGGCAGCAUUGAUUUAUGGAAGGAGGGAGUGAGCAAUGGCGGCAUGGGUUUUGAGUUUGAGAAGACGCCGCCGAGGAAGACGGCUCAGGCGGCGGCGGAGGAGGACGAUCCGUCGUCGAAGCUGAUCGGGCAGUUCUUGCACAAGCAGCGAGCCUCCGGCGGCGGUAUGUCGCUGGACAUGGAUUUUGAGAUGGACGAGCUCCGGCAGCAGGACCUGGCGCCGGUGGCGGAGUCGCCGAGGAACUCCCGCACGUCGAGGGAGCUCAAAGUGUCGUUCCAGUCGCCGGCGUUGGACAUCGCCGCCGAUUCCGAGUCGGUUCGGGGGCGGCACAAGAACUUCGCCGACGAGGAGCGGCGCCGCAGCAGUCAGCUCAGCAGCGACGGCGCUGACGUCAUCAGGUGCUCGUCGAACGCAUCGUUCCGGCGGGAGGUGUCGUUUCAGAACAGGUCGGAACUGCUGAGGAUGAAGACGAAGUCGAGGUUGAUGGACCCGCCCGAGGGCUGGGACGAGGGUCCGGGUCGGGUCCUAAGAUCGGGUCUGAUGAGGUCAGGGAUGUUGGGCCGGAGCGGAGGUGGUGAGGAUGAGGAGGAUGACCCGUUUGUGGAUGAGGACUUGCCUGAUGAGUACAAGAAGGCCAACUUCAAUGCAUUGACUCUGGUCCAGUGGCUGAGUCUGGUUUUGAUUAUAGUGGCAUUGGCUUGUACACUUUCUAUAAGGUUUUUGAGGGAGAAGAAUCUGUGGAAGUUGAAGAUGUGGAAAUGGGAGGUGUUGAUUUUGGUUUCGAUUUGUGGGAGGCUUGUUUCGGGUUGGGUGAUAAGGCUCAUGGUGUUCUUUGUUGAGAGGAAUUUUAUUUUGAGGAAGAGGGUGUUGUAUUUUGUGUAUGGGAUCAGGAAGGCUGUGCAGAACUGUAUUUGGCUAGGCCUUGUUUUGAUGGGUUGGCAUUUCUUGCUGAUCAGGAAAGUUGAGAAGGAAACCAAUGGUAGAAUCCUUGAGUAUGUGACCAAAGUGUUGCUCUGUCUCUUGAUUGGGGGUUUGAUUUGGUUGGUGAAGACUCUGGUUGUGAAGGUUCUUGCUUCGUCGUUCCAUGUUAGGUCCUACUUUGAUCGGAUUCAGGAUGCACUAUUUAAUCAGUAUGUGAUCCAGACAUUGUCGGGGCGGCCUUGGAUUGAGAUACACAAAGGGGAGGAUGAAGAGGAGAGGCUUGCUGAUGAGGUUAAGAAGCUACAAAAUGCUGGGGCUACUAUGCCUCCUGACCUCAGAGCAAAUGCAUUCCCGUCUGGGAAUAUUGGGAAGCCGGUUGGGAAUGGCUCUGGGAGAAGUGGGAGAAGUGGGCUUGUGGGGAAGAGUGGCUUGAUCUCAAAUCCACUUUCUAAGAAGUCAGGGGAGACCAGAAUCACAAUUGGUCACUUGCAUAGGCUCAAUCCAAAGAAUGUAUCUGCUUGGAAUAUGAAGAGGCUCAUGAAUAUAGUGAGAACUGGGCAUCUCACAACACUUGAUGAGCAGAUUCUGGAUUCCACCAAGGAUGAGGGUGAUACUCAGAUCAAGAGUGAAGUUGAGGCAAAGGCUGCCGCUAAAAAAAUAUUUUGCAAUGUGGCUAGGCCUGGCUCCAAGCACAUCUACCUGGAGGAUUUGUUGCGUUUCAUGGAGGAAGGCGUGGCCUUAAAGACCAUGAGUCUCUUUGAAGGAGCGUCUGAGAGCAAGAGAAUCAGCAAAACUACAUUGAAAAAUUGGGUGGUCAAUUGCUUCAGAGAACGAAGAGCACUUGCUUUAACACUGAAUGACACCAAAACAGCGGUGAACAGACUUCGACGAGUGGUGGACGUAUUAGUUAGCAUUAUAAUUUUAGUUAUUUGGCUGCUUGUGCUGGGUAUCGUCACCAGCGCCAAUAUUGUUUAUGCAACUUCUCAGCUCGUGAUCGUGGCAUUUAUUUUUGGUAAUUCAUGCAAAACAGUUUUUGAAGCAGUCAUAUUUUUAUUUGUGAUGCACCCUUUUGACGUGGGAGAUCGAUGUGAAAUUGACGGAGUUCAGAUGGUUGUAGAGGAGAUGAAUAUUUUGACUACUGUUUUUCUGAGGUAUGACAACCUGAAGAUCGUGUACCCAAACAACACCCUUGCAACUAAGCCUAUCAAUAACUUCUAUCGCAGUCCGGACACUGGAGAUGCUGUUGAGUUUUGUGUCCAUAUAACGACUCCGGCAGAUAAGAUUGCUGUGAUGAAGCAGAGAAUGAUAAGUUACAUUGACAACAAAAAGGAGCACUGGCAUCCUGCGCCAAUGUUCAUAUUAAAGGAUGUAGAAGAAUUAAAUAGGAUGAGGUUUGCUAUCUGGCUGACGCAUAGAAUGAACUUCCAAGACAUGGGAGAAAAGUGGGCAAGGAGAGCCCUUUUACUUGAAGAGAUGGUACGGAUCUUUCAAGAGCUUGAUAUUCAGUACCGUCUGCUGCCUAUUGACAUAAAUGUCCGUGGAAUGCCUCCCACAACCACCAGUCUGCCUCCCUCUAAUAUCACAACAACCAAAAACUAA